CGAAGCAGGACGAACGUUUCAGUUUUUACAUUUUUAUUAAAUUUAAUGUGUAAAAUAAAUCAUAGUAUAUUAAUCAAAUGAAUAAAUACUACAACUGUACAACUGCCCGCACCGAUUACUGUUAAAUAUUUUUAUUUAAUAAUACAUACUUCUUGAUUUAUUAUUAGAUUGAUUUUGGAUAUCAAACUGUAGAAAUGAGUAACGAGAAUUUAACAGAACUAGCACAUCGGCAGCAUGUGAAGUACUUUAUGCGAUUUCUGAAUAUAUUGCCUUCAUCGCUAUCAUCACACGAUACUACCAGAGUUACCAUCGCUUAUUUCUCGGUUUGUGGCUUAGAUGUUCUUGGCUCCAUAUCCUCUAUUGCUUUGGAGUUGAGGGAAAGGAUUAUAGACUGGGUGUACCAGUUACAAGUUCAACCCAGCAAAGAAAAUGGCGACAUGUCAUCAUGUGGAUUCCAGGGGUCCUCAACGAUCAAUAUAGACCUCGGUGCUGCCAACAGCCACUACCGAUGUGGCCACCUUGCAAUGACUUACACUGGUCUGUGCAUGCUGUUGACCCUGGGUGAUGAUUUGUCAAGGAUAAAUAGGAGAGCAUUGGUUGAAGGUGUGAAAGCAUUACAGACAGAGGAAGGAAACUUCGCAGCAACGCUCUCGGGCUGCGAGUCGGACAUGCGCUUCGUGUACUGCGCCGCGUGCAUCAGCUACAUCCUCGACGACUGGUCCGGGUUCGACGUCCCCAAGGCGACGGACUACAUCAUCAAGUCCAUUAACUACGACUUCGGCAUCGCUCAAUGUCCGGAGCUAGAAUCGCACGGUGGAACCACAUUCUGUGCGCUCGCUACCCUGAGUCUCACCAACCAAUUGGACAAGCUCUCCAAGGAGCAAGUCGAGGGCCUAAAACGGUGGCUGCUCUUCCGCCAAGUCGACGGCUUCCAAGGUCGACCUAACAAGUCAGUCGACACUUGCUACAGUUUCUGGGUAGGCGCCUCAUUAAAAAUACUAGACGUCCUACACAUGACCAACUAUUCCAACAAUAGGAAGUACGUCUACGAAACUCAAGACUCCGUGGUCGGUGGCUUCUCCAAAUGGCCUGACACGUGCACCGAUCCUAUGCACACUUAUUUAGGACUGGCUGGACUCAGCCUCAUUGGAGAAAACGGCCUCUUAGAAAUAAUACCCACGCUCAAUAUUACCAACAGAGCGUUCGACCAUCUCAAAGCCAUACACCAGAAGUGGGCCAGUGAGUCAUAGUAGGUGUAAUCUAUUUUCUAACACAGUUCUGUACCUCAUAAAGCAUUUCCGUUGGUUGUAACUUGGUUCUAAGUUUUGUUAUAUUAAAAUGUUUAUAUUUUAUGCGCUGUAAUACUACAGUUCCUAAAUACUGUUUAACUUUUGUAUCUAAUAUUUUUUUAUUGCUCAAACACUUAAAGUAUCAAAGACUACUAGACAAACGUUUGUUCAGAAAUAAAUUACGCGGGACCUAAAACAACUUUUAAUUACGUAAAUAAAAUGUACAUGUAAAUAAUGACAACAUUUUAUAGGUCUCAUUAAACGCCAUAACUGUUAGUUUCGACUGCUCUUUCUGACUUUCGAUCGGCUAAAUGAGUUGUUGAUUUAUAAAAGCAAUUUUAAGAGCGAUAUCCUGUUUAGUACAGUCUGUCUAGUAGUCAUAGGCCCAGAACAGACGGUGAAACGCAACUGCAACGAAACUGCAAGUUUGUGAUGAUUCUGAUGAAUGAAACUAAAACUGAAAGUUUCAAACUGGUCGCGUCAUAUGUGGUCUCUCAACGGACGCUAUGGCAGAAACUUAGAUGCAACUCAAAAGUAACUAGCAGUUGCAGUUUCGUUGCAGUUGCGUUUCACCGUCUGUUCUGGGCUAUAGUCUUUUAAUGGUAUCCUUACUUACAGUCUUUUACUGAGAUUAGAGCUAAGACGAUUUGGUGCGUUCUGCUAUAAACAUAUUUUAGCGAUUGAGCUGAGUGUAUGAUAACUGGUAAUUAUUAAUAUUUAAGUCGAAUGAACUUCAUCUCAUAUCCAAUUAUAAAAUACAUGUCUUAUUGCGUCUAAUGUUAAGAUGUUCGGAAGAAACUCAAUCGCAUAAGGUAGAAAUUGCGACCAAAUAUAUUGCUAGAACAAUUGUAUCAUACACUGUCUGUAUAAUAUAGAAUAUGUACCUACCGAAUUCUUGUAUUUUAAGAGUGGCUUAUUUAUUUUUCAAAAUUUCUUAUGUACAGUAUUAUAUUUGAAUUUCAUUUACGGUAUCCAUUGUUUUGAUAUGUUUAGUAGUACUUAAAGGAUAUAUUAUGAAUAUAGGUGCUAAUUUACAAGUAGGUACACGGUACCUAACGAUGUCAAAUGGAGGACAACGAUUGAAUUAUGAUUACGCUAUUAUAGUACAAUAAUAAUAAUAAACUCGCAUCGUGCCAUACUUGUUUACUAUGGCGGGCAUUUAGAGGUUGGCUAGUUAGGUGUUUAUGGAACUCAUGCACAAAUAAUGUUACUAUAGUAAAUACAUUUUCUAUAAGAGUCAGUAAUUUUACGUUGUCUAGUUUGCUUUAACUUCGAAAUUGUAUUGAUGUUCUGAUAUUACGUUAGGAUGAACGAAAAAUACGUUCAAAAUCUUCGUCACAAUAUACAUAGAUAUAAUGUAUUAUGUUUAUACAAACGGCUUGGUUAUAUGACGUAUUUUCUAUUUUAUAAAAUCUUACUCGUUCAUUAAAAAAUCAUUGCGUUUUUCACCCAUAGUUUAUCUUCGUUUAGUUUGUCACAUUUUAAUGUUCAAUUACUGACUUAAAAUAGUUAAUCCGAGUUUAUGUAUUUUUAAUUAUUACAUGUAAAUAUUAGAACAAAUGGUGCAACAUUCAAGCGCAAUUAAACGAUGAACUUUCUACUAUUAAAAGGACAAGAGAUUCAAUUAAAAUGCGUCCGUUUUUAAAUGCCCCAUAUGUAGAUUUUUCGUAUCUUGAGCUCUGUAAAGUUUCUGUGACCGAGUGGAUAUACAGUUUUAUAUUAUGUAUAGUAUAAAAAACGUGAUAAGACUAAGGUAGAUAAACCGGCACGCCGUGACUGUUUUUAAUUUUUGAUAUCUUCGUUAUAUCGUUGGUGCUUGCCACUAUUUCUGUAGCAUAUUUUUCAGAUGAUGUUUUUGAGUGAAUGCUUAUACUUAUUAGCGUGUUUGAUACACGUAAUUUAUGUUGUCAGUGUCUUUUUGUAAUCUUUUGUUACCUUUGACCGAAGAUCAUUAACUUGUUAAAUAUAAAAAUAUAAUUAUGAAAUUGUUUUAUUUCA